CUUAAACUGCACUAUCAACGAAAGAUGUAGUGAGGUUUCUAUGGACACAUUACAGUGUACAGUAUCAGAUUGUGGAGUACCAGUGAUUUUGCGUGCUGACAUGAACAGUGUCGAGAGAUGGGAUGGUAUUGGAGUAGAAAGACGCAUGCGUCUUCAGUGCCUUAGUCCAUACUCUAGGAAGGGGUCAGGGGUCAUUUUGUGUCAGAAAGAUGGACAGUGGAAAACGGACAUUUUGUGUGGUUUCGAAUUUCAAGGCCAUUUUUACCGGUUUCAUUCUGAGGCUACAACGUGGGAAGGCGCCAAGGCACGAUGUAACAGCUUCGGCGGGUACCUGGUAGAGCUAGACACAGGCAAUGAAAGGGACUGGAUUUUUACAACAUUUAUCGCUCCAAAUUUUCGACAAGAGGAUUGUCAAAAGUUUUAUGACUGUGGAAGUUGGACUGGCGGCAGAGUAAGAGACGGCGAACUUACAUUUGUUUGGAGCAGAGGUGGUAACCCUAUAGGCAACAAUCUGUGGUAUGAUGGGCAGCCAAACAAUAACGGGGACGACCAAGACUGCGUUGAGCUUACCCGUCAGUCUGGGCUACUGAAUGACCGAGGUUGCCUAACACCUAAUGCAUUUAUUUGUGAAUGGGACCCUUAAAAAGAGUUUUGUGUGGAUUUAAUAAAUUAACUUACUUUACAUAGGAAAAUUGGACCUUGUUUGUAUUUAUAUUUGUUUAUAAUAUAACGAUUGUACACAUAACUGUUCACUUAUCAUUUAAGUUCAAAACAGCAUGUUUUUGUUAUCUUUCUAAAAUUUUGAAGUAAUUGGUAUUU